CAUCGCUACGGAAAAUCGUUCCUUGCUGCGUCGAUCGGACAACUUUUACGUCGCGUUGGUUCGGGCAUUUUCUUCGCUUUCUUUGUACCUUCGAACUUCACUCAAGGAAAGCCGAUUUUAUUUCACGUCAGCGAUAAUGGAGCUGUUCCACAAAGCAAAGCACAGCAACAACUUCGGUUUACGAAAAUAUUAUCCGUGGUCGGGGUACAUUAAUUACGAACCGUGGGUUACUGGCCGCGUAUCUAACAGGGAAAGGAGAUACGUCUGGUCCCAUAUGCAGGACGUAUUUUGUUGGGACGAGAUGACCAUCAAAAGGAUCGAGAACCCAUUCCUCUGGGCACGAUAUGUCUUACGUUACGAAGAAAUGAGGGCCGACUCUGCAUCUAGAGAUGUGUCUGAGGAGAUCGUGAUACAUGCUACAUCCAUCUCUAGCGCCUAUAAAAUAGCCGACAAUAAUUUUAAUUGGAGACUGGCGAGACGCUGUCGCUUUGGUCACGGAGUCAGCUUUGCAAGGGAUGCCGACUACGCAGAAGCUCAAGCUAGUGAUAAUGAAGCCUACAUAAUAGCUGGGAUCCUUGUAGCUAACAGCGACAUUGGUAAUUAUGGAACGCAUAUUCCAUCGUACUUCUCAGACACGACAGUGAAUCGCCAAGACAGUGUAUGCGUCAAAUACAAUGACAAUGAGUAUUAUCCAUACUAUAUGAUUUAUUAGGUAUGAAACGCCACAAGUAACAUCCUAAUACAAUCAAGAUUAUCUUUAGCUGUGAAAAUAAGAUAAAAUAUGACAAUAUUUAGAUAACAUAUGAUAGUAAACUUCAGUACAAAAUUAUACUAAGGAUAUAUAAGUGUGCUAUUAUAAGACUAUGAUAUAUGUAAACAGUUUCUACACUUAUACUUGAGGGUGUAUAAGAUUUUUUUUUAGUUGAAAAAAUGCUUGGAUAGCAUCAAUACGUUUGCAAAUUUGUGUAACACUUGUGGACAUGAUGGAUAUUGCCAUGCAUAAAUUAUUACUUUUCUUUUAUAUACUUUUGAAUAAUUUUACAAAGAACAUUUCAGACCCAUAUCCC